GACGCCUAAGCAGACGACAAAACAUAGCGGUGCCCGUGUGCAGUGUGUCAAAACAGUACACACAACACAACAAGGAUUAGGUUUUCCUUUGAAUUACUGCUUUCAUUAUUGUUAUCUUCUUCUCUAUCAUCAGUUUAUAGUGUAUAGUUUUAUCAAGGGAAACUUGUAGUUGAUAAGCAUGAUUGCAUUCCACUCUUCGAAGUAAAGAACCAAAAUGAAUCGUCAGCACCAGUCUCGGAACACGGAGAAGGAUUUUGCCCCUAAUCCAAGACAUUUAAGAAAUGAAAGAGAACGUGAAUCAGAUACAACAUUGUCUGUACAACACCAAAAUUUUAAUGGAAAUUUCCCUACAUUUGAGAUGCCAAAAGCUGUAGGUACAUUCUCUUUAGAUAUCCAUCGAAAAUAUCAUAGUGACUUCUCAGAGCUUCGAUACCUUACCUUUGACAUACCUGAAUCUGGCAGCUGUAAGGUGAAAUUUGAUUUGAGAAAAGGCAUAUCUGAUGCUAUUGACAAGGAUCAGGAAUCAAUAAAGCAGAAAAUGCUUGAUGAUAUGCUCACAUGGAUUCUCCAAGAAAGAAAAGCUGAUAAUGGAUUGAUUGUUGAUCUUCAGCAACCAUUAAGGCCUUUGCUUACAGAGUUUGUUUGCUUUCGUGGACUACUUACAGCGCUUAUUUUUACUCCAUAUGAAAAUCAAGAAGGUUGGAAAAUACUCGCUACAAAAUUUCAAAAUACUAUCUAUCUUUGGCAAAUUAAAGAGCAAAGAGAAAACGGCAAUAAUUUUAGCAGAAAUCCAAGAAAUGCUAAGAGAAUGCAAGAAAUGACAAUGUGGGGAUUUAAGUUUGAGCAAUACCUGUGUUCUGCUACUCCAGAUUCAAUUCCAGACUCCCGACAACCUCUCAACACUAACGCCGAAUUUUGUUGCGUACUUAAAACAAAAUUAGCUGGCAAAUCUUUACUUUAUGGCGCUGAAGUCGAUGCAUUGCAAAAAGAAUGUCAACCACCUUUUAGAAAUCUCGAAAAUUUUGUUGAACUCAAAACAAAUCGACACAUUGAAACUGAAAGGCAGAAUGAUAGUUUCCUAAAGUUCAAAUCAAUGAAAUGGUGGGCACAGUCUUUUAUUGUUGGCAUUCCAAAGAUCGUCGUCGGCUAUCGAGAUGAUGACGGAGUAGUGUCCCGCCUAAAAACCAUCGAAGUCAAGCAACUACCAAAAGAAUCCCAAGGUUUCUGGGAGGCAAAAGUUGGUAUGAAUUUUUGUCAAGGUUUCCUGGAAUUUGCAAGGAAUUGCAUAUCAAACGAUUCCGAUUCAAAUAUCCAAUAUUUAUUUGAAUUCAAUCCGAGGAAAAGGACCAUCUCUUUUUGCAGGGAAGCUGGUGAAGCCUGUAGGAAUUUACUACCUUCGUGGUACCUGGAGUCCAUGCAGGAACCGGUUUAACAUCGUGGUUGGUGUUUUCCAUUUUUUCUUUCUUGCUAAUAAUUACGUUUUCGGGAUUAUACCUGUUUCGAAUAAUCAUAUGAAAAGCGAGAAACUAAAUUAAUGAUUUCUUGU